AUGGAGAAGGAGAAGGAGAUUGCUGAGCCUGAGAAUUCUGAAACGCCCAAGUCAGUAUCUUCUGUGGAUUCUUCAGUCGAGAGUCUCACCCUUUCACUAGGGAAUCUUUCCCUGAACAAUGGCACACUUGCCAGCCUCUGGGGUACUUCAAUCGACAGUAGCAAUGGAUCUUUGGCUUUUUCCGGCGAUAGCAAUUCAACGGAAAUCCAAGAAGUUCGGGCUGAUAUUCAAGAAACUGGGUAUUUAGGGAAUUCGAAGCCAAUUCCACCACCAUUGUAUCCUGAAAGCAUCUGGGGAGUUGAGAAUGCAAGAAACCCGCUGUUUGCGAACCUCAGACUUUCUGUGCCUGCUUUCUAUCAACCAAAUAAUACUGACGGCGCUUGCAACUCUACGCCUGAAGGGAGCAGUGUGAAGUUGUGUCAAGAUUCUACAACUUGUCAGCAGAAUCAAGAAAGCGUUAAUGGUGCUGUGCUUUGCGGGGUUAAGAUAGAAGGGUAUGAUUUUGUGACACUUGCUGUGAACGAAGAAGGAUCAAAGAUACUUCAGAAUAUAUUGAAGUUGAGGCAUCCGGAGCUUACAAGUCAAAUCCUUGAAAGGGUUAUAGCUCCGUUGUAUGGAGUCCCCAUAAUCUGCAUUCUGAUGGUUGAUGAAUGGGGAUGGCAUGUUUGUUCCAAGCUGAUUGAUUCCUGCAAUGACCAACAGCUGCUGCUGAUUUUAGAGACGAUCACCAUGCACCAGGAACUGUUUAUUAAUUUAUCAAUCAACUUAUAUGGUUCCAAGUUGAUCAAGAAGAUGGUCAAAUUGCUCAAAAGAUCGCCUUUCAUCUAUUGCCUGGUAGUCCGUCUUUACGCUGGUUUCUACACUCUGAUGAUGGAUCGAAUAGGAUCGUAUGUUUUGAGUUACUGUUUGGAUUACCUUGAUAUUACGCAUAGUGCUCUACUUUAUGAAGCAGCCAUUUCACUUUGUCUUGAGUUAGCAACACAUGUGAUGGGAUGCAUAUCCUUGAACAACUUGAUAGACAAAAUCCAAGGUCCUCACAGGCAAUGCCUGCUGGAGUUAAUCUCUAACAAUGCAGUUUUCCUCUCACAUGAUCCUUCAGGGAACCAUGUUGUGCAGAAGGUCCUGGCACUUGAAAAUCCAAUAUUUACUGAAAGAAUAUGCUCUCUGCUCAGAGGUCACUAUGUUAGGCUUUCACUGCAGAAAUGGGGUAGUCAUGUUGUUGAAAAAUGCUUGAAGUCUUCAGCAAUGCAUUAUGCAGUUGAGGAACUUGUGAACAGUAGCAACAACCAACUAUUGCAAGUGGCGAGAGAUCAAUUUGGUAACUAUGUGAUCCAGAGAGCAUUGAAAGUUACUAAGAAAAUGAAUGAUCCAUUCCAUCUAGAGCUUCUGAGGAGUCUACAACCACAUCUUGAAACUCUCAGGAAAGGCUAUGGAAGGAAUGUCUUCAAUUUGAUUGUUAAUGGGGUUCCAUUUGAUGAAGCUCGAUUCCCAUCUUAUAACAGUAUAGUAUGCUAA